GUGUAGAACAGUAGACAGCAGUCAAGAAGAAAUCGUAAAAUAAUUUUUUUUUCCUCUCUCUCGGUGUUGUAACAUUGACUUGAAAAAUUCGUGUAGCAACGAGAUCGACGAGUCGCACGAUCAACGAACAUUGUAACGGUUGUGUGCUCACGUUCGCAGUGUUCACUUAACCUCGUUCAAACAUUCGUUUCAAGUUAGAGACAAAUAUACCUCCAGCUCAAAACCAUACUACGUUCUCUUUCUCUCUCUUUUCCUCUCCCUCUCCCUUUCUAAUACUUUUCUAUCUAUGUACUUCGUCUUUCUUUCUCUAUUCUAUUCUAAAGUGUGUACUGCAAAUACGUAAUACGUUGUAAAAACGUAUUAACUUGGUAACUCAAACAUUGUGGUGAAAACCGUCGAUAAGAAAGUGUCCGACUAAAUUUAGUGGUAGUGUAUAAGUGAUUCGACGAUACUCCGAAACAAACGGAAGAGACGGUCGUGGUGAGAUUUCUUAUUACGACCGACAGAGAGGGAGACAAAAUUUUGAAGAUUCACGGUCUAUGAGCAACAGGGGCCAAGAAGACCCUGGGGAAGAUCACGCUUCCAGAAUAUCUGUUACAAUACAAAUAUUGUAAUCCCUACCUUCUGUUAUUACAUUAUUAGGGGAGAAGCAAAGAGCCCUUGCAGCGACAUGAAGCGUGCAGUUGCCAAGAAGUUGAUCGAGCGAUAUUUUUAUCAAUUAACUGAUGGAUGUGGCAAUCCUGAUUGUGAUAAUCAAAACUGCGCAUCAAGUGGAAAAGUAACAAAUCUGACUCCAAAUCAAGCUGCUGCACAAGCUAUUCAAUUAUUUUCCCAAGAAGCAAGACUUUGUGAUGGAACACAACCUAGUAAAGUAGCUCGGACAACUUUAGAACCUGGACCAGCAUCUUUAGCUAAGAGUUUACCUGUUAAAAGUGUGAAUCCGACAUGUUCGGAUGAAGGAAAGCAAGAUCCAUAUCUUACAGAAGCAAAACUAUUGGAUAUAAUAGAAAGAUGCAAAUCGGAGGGAUCUUAUUCAUUAUUAAUUCGUACAUUGGGAGAGAUAUUUUCAUGUGCAAAAGCAUUAAGCCUUAGUUUCCAAAAAACUGUAAAAAAUGACUCUCCUCUGGCUGCACUUCUUAAUAGAGCUUCAGAUAGCCUAUUAAGGCCACCUGGUGAUAUGGAUAAAGAAGCUAUUCGAUCUAUUCAAGGAGAAGACAAAGAAGAAGACAGCAGUGAACCAUCAUCUACAGUUCCUAACAAUGAUGAUACUAGCAUUGAUUUACCAGCUGUGCGAAGAGCAUUUGCUGCUCUUUGGUCCUUACCAGGAGAAGUGUUCAAAUCCGCUUUAGUUAAUGCACUAGUCACUUUGGCAGAUAAUAUUGAACUAGAUUUGAGAGUAUUUCGUAUUAUGCCAUGGGAUAAUAUGGAUAGCUUGUUAAACGUAUUCUUAAUUGUAUUUGAAAUUCCUAUGCUUGGAAACAGUGAAUAUUUGGAACUUGCUCUUCAUAUGCUUUGUAAAGCACUGAGCUGUUUCCCUAUUGUGGCACAAGCUAAACUAGCACGUGUGUGGGCUAAACAUUGUAAAUCUCGACUCCCAAGUAUUUUACAAGCUCUGCAAGAAUUAAUAACUGUUAAGGUUAUAGGUGGAUCUUUUACGCGAGAUUAUUGCGUUCAAGAUGCGGACACUAUUACUGCUCCCACGAAAGUUAUGAAAAUUUUAUACUAUGCAAGUAUGCUAGCUGGUGAACUAGAUGAACCUGAUUUAAAUAUAGAUGAGGAUGGUGAAUCUACGAGUAACGACAAAUCUGGGAGAUCUCUGUCGCAAAUUCCUCAGGACCCAUUAGCGAAGGAAUUAGGAAUUACUGCACUAGAUGCACGAAAACCAUUUAUACCUUUCACUGACUUUUACAAUGAACCACUUAGUGAUGCGAUAGAAAUGGACAAAGAUUUUGCAUACUAUAAGAGUGAAGAACCCAUGAAAUUUAGUUUUAUGAAUUAUGCUUUUAUCCUCACUCCCGCUACAAAGACACUGGGCUUGUAUUAUGAUAAUCGUAUUAGAAUGUACAGUGAACGCCGAAUGAGUUUUCUACAGACUGUUGUUGGACAGCCUACUAAUCCUUAUUUAAGACUAAAGGUGAGGAGAGAUCGUUUAAUAGAUGAUGCGUUAGUCGAAUUGGAAAUGGUGGCAGUGGAAAAUCCAUCUGAUCUUAAGAAGCAAUUAGUCGUUGAAUUUGAAGGUGAACAAGGAGUUGAUGAGGGUGGAGUCUCUAAAGAAUUCUUUCAAUUGAUUGUAGAAGAAAUUUUUAAUCCUGAUUAUGGAAUGUUCACGACUCAAGAAGAUACACAAAUGACAUGGUUUAAUCCAACAUCGUUUGAAAGUGACGCACAUUUCACGCUAAUAGGCGUUGUUCUUGGCCUAGCAAUAUACAAUAAUGUAAUACUAGAUGUACGUUUCUCUAUGGUAGUUUAUCGAAAAUUGCUUGGUAGAAAAGGAUGCUUUGCCGAUUUAGAAGACUGGAGUCCUACAUUAUAUCGAACAUUGAAGGAAUUGAUAGAUUAUACUGGAAAUGAUAUGCCAGAAACAUUUAUGCAAACUUUUAGAGUGGCUCACAAAGAUGUUUUCGGGUCAAUAUCUUUCCAUGACCUGAAACAGAGUGGUGACGAGAUAUUUGUGACGCAAGAAAACAAAAAGGAAUUCGUAGAUCUUUAUGCGGACUUUUUACUUAAUAAAUCUGUCGAAAGACAAUUCAAAGCAUUCAGACGUGGAUUCCAAAUGGUCACGGAUGAAAGUCCACUUGCAUUACUUUUUAGACCUGAGGAAAUUGAACAACUUGUUUGCGGCAGCAAAGUUUUUGAUUUUGCGGAAUUGGAAGCCGCUACGGAAUACGAAGGUGGUUAUACUGUUGAUAGCAAAGCAGUACGUAACUUCUGGCGUGUUGCACAUUCGUUACCACCAGAAAGUCAACGAAGACUUCUACAAUUUACUACUGGAAGCGACAGAGUUCCAGUUGGUGGUUUAUCAAGAUUAAAGAUGGUGAUUGCAAGACAUGGUCCAGAUUCUGACAGAUUGCCAAUAGCCCACACGUGUUAUAACGUAUUGUUGUUGCCAGAUUACAGUACAAUAGAGAAAUUGCAAGAUCGACUGUUGAAAGCGAUUAAUUAUUCAAAAGGUUUCGGCAUGUUAUAAAUGGGCAUAAAAAAAAGCUUCGAUCCCCCCCCUCCCCUGUCUUUCAGAGUAUAUUGAACUAUAAUUCGGAGUUCGAGAUUCUCUCCUUUCGUUCCGCUAUAUAGAAGUAUUUAUUCGGAUUUUAUGCAAACACGUGGAAAUGCUAAAAACCUCUGCUUUCGUAAAGUGAAAGAAAAUAAAAAAGAAAUGCUAAAAUCAUCUCCUGAUACCGAGAAUACCUCGCAAUCAAUCGUCCUCCAAUGUGUUUCCUCCUUAUGCAAGCGGAAACUGGAAUUGCUGUACAAAAAGUAAUACAAAAUCUUUGCGAUAACGUGCUUUGAAACUUUCUUACGUCUCCGUGUUAUUUAACUCGUUAACGCAGAUUAACGUACUUGAUUGAUCAGUCUUGCCGAGUUGUUUUGAUAAUUUAUAUUUCCCUGCAUUGAUUCAAUGGAAAAGAAUUUCCAUUUCAUUUCCGAAUCAGCUUUUACAGAACUAUUACAAUUUAUCUCGUUAAUUUUAAUUUUAUUCGUGAGAUACAGCAUGAUACAGUGCAUACAGCUUAAAAAUAAUAGUGAGAUGCGCAACUGUGAUGUAUGUGAAAACGAACCGAGAAUGAUCGGUCAAAAUUUGUAGAAAUAUACGUAUCGUAGAUUUAGUAGAUCCUAUAGUUGAUAUUCAAUAUUGCAAGAAAAAGCCGAGGAACACCCCCUUUGACGUUUAUCGUCACAUUGUACACAAGACAUUUUAUAUAUUAUAAAAGAGUAACGAAGAGGAUAAAGAAUAACGCAGAAUCAUGAACGCUAAAUCCUUUUUUCUUUCGAGUUUGUAUGUAACUUUCCGCUUUCCAUUUCCUUUUACAUCACGUUUUAUCAUUGUACGUAAAGUAUCUAAUUUAUAUAUAUACAUAUACCAGUUAUAUAUAUAUAUAUAAAUUCUAUACAAAUUAUAUAGAACACACGGGAAAUGAAUUUGUAUAAACGUUUGUAAUCAGCGGCUUUCUCAAAAAACUGCUCCACGUUGUCGGCUGUCUUAUUAUUAGUCACGUGACAAUAUACAAAUAAAAAGUUCUAUCGAAUAAUUCAUGCGCCAUUUAUUUUCGCAUCAAUUUAGGAACAUAAGAAAUCUGUACGUACGAAAGCGAAAAUAGUCGAAUUUAAAUGAAUCUCGCAUUGUAAUAAUACGUUGUCAAGUGACAGAUGCGGCGGAUAAUUUCACGCAAUUUCAUUUUGAACGGCAACAUCUCCCCUUGAGGAUAAAUUAAAAUGAAAAUUAACUGAUAUUUUCGCCGCCGUUACGACCGACGAAGGACAAAUUGUAACUGACGUUGAAUCGUACACCGUGUCCAAACGGAAAUCACGAUUAUGUGUACCGAAAGCGAUCAAGCCGUGAACAAUCGUGCACCCUGCUUUUUCAAUAUGAACGAUUCACAGAAUCAGAACAGUUUCGAUUUUGUACCAAAGUCUGAUUAUAAUGAGAAGUGGCAUCUGGAAAAUAAAUGUCUGUUUCAUAAUCAACAAGUAAACGAGAAAUAGAAUAGUUCAAAUACGA